UUAUUUAUAAAAAACAUAAGGUGACUGGAUUUGGACGUUAUAAAUAUCAAGUUUUGAUACAAAAGGAGGUGAAUCAAUAAAAUUGUUUUAUAUUCUUCGAAAGAGUCAACGCGUGAUCACCGAAGAUGAGACAAAUAAUUGUUCUGGCCGUCGUCAUCGCUGUAGUAGCAGGAGCUGCCGUCCCAUCUGGACAGGACUACUAUUCCCCUGGCCAAGCACAGAUUUUACGCUAUGAUGUAGAUAACAUUGGACUCGGAAACUACAAAUACGCUUAUGAACAAACAGACGGCACAAGACAAGAGCAACAAGGAGCUAUCACAAACGAAGGGCGUGAGGAUGAAGCCAUAGCGGUCUCAGGUUCUUAUUCGUGGGUGGCACCAAAUGGCGUUAGGUAUACUGUGACAUACACCUCUGGUGUCGAUGGUUACAACCCAACUUUGGAGGAAGGUCCCGGUGGAGUUCCAAAUGUCGCUUUGAUUUCAGCUCUCGGUUAAUUAUGCGUACUUGUAAUAAAUAUUUGUUAGUUUAA